AUGGGGGUCAAUGGUCAUCACGAACCUCGCAGAGGAUGUAAUGGCACCGUCUGCAAUGGUAGUGUAAGACCACUCGAUCAUUUUGGUGAUGUGGAUCCAUGGACGGCAUGGGCAUACAAGCCUCGAACAAUCUCGCUCUUGCUGAUGGGAACGUGCUUUUUAAUUUGGGCAAGUGGUGCUCUCGAUCCAGAAAGGAGCUCUUCUGCUGAUCGUGUUUCGUCAGUCAAGAGGGGUGUAUUCGCAAUGAUUGCUGUUUUUUUGGCUUACUCUUUUCUUCAGGCACCUUCAACCGUACUCAUUAGACCACAUCCUGCCAUUUGGAGGCUAGUUCAUGGGAUGGCAGUUGUUUACCUUGUCGCCCUCACUUUCUUGCUUUUCCAGACUCGUGAUGAUGCUAGGCAAUUCAUGAAGUAUCUUCAUCCUGAUCUUGGUGUCGAAUUGCCCGAAAGAUCUUAUGGAACUGAUUGCCGCAUAUAUGUACCUGAUCAUCCGAAAAGCAGGUUUAACAAUGUUUAUGAGAUCAUUUUUGAUGAGUUUGUUAUCGCUCAUAUCCUUGGAUGGUGGGGUAAGGCUAUAAUGAUACGAAAUCAACCACUUUUGUGGGUCUUAUCAAUUGGUUUUGAGUUAAUGGAGCUCACUUUUCGUCAUAUGUUGCCAAAUUUCAAUGAGUGCUGGUGGGAUAGCAUUGUCUUAGACAUAUUGAUCUGCAAUUGGUUUGGUAUUUGGGCUGGAAUGAAAACUGUGCGGUACUUUGAUGGGAGGACAUACGAAUGGGUUGGUUUGAGCCGCCAACCCAACAUUAUCAGUAAGGUAAAAAGGAUGCUGGGACAGUUCACACCAGCACAUUGGGACAAGGAUGAGUGGCACCCUACGCGGGGUCCUUGGAGAUUCAUCCAGGUGCUGAGCCUUUGUGUUGUUUUCAUGGCUGUCGAACUGAGCACAUUCUUCCUCAAGUUUUGCCUGUGGAUUCCUCCGCGGAACCCCUUGAUUGUCUAUAGGCUGGUCCUUUGGUGGUUAAUUGCGAUACCAACCAUCCGUGAGUAUAACACCUACUUGCAAGACAGCAAACCAUUUAAAAAGGUGGGAUCCUUCUGUUGGCUUUCCCUGGCUAUAUGCAUUGUGGAGCUCCUAAUCUGCAUCAAGUUUGGACAUGGUAAGUGUUGCUCCAACUUCUCUGCGUCUGUUUCCAAAGUCAAUGCCUUCGUGGUUGAUCACAUUCUGGUCAGCAGUCGCCUUGCUUCUCGUGCUUUUUGUGUGGACAUGGAAAUACCGAACAAUGAUAAGGAAAAGGAUAUAAUUGUGACAAAAUAA